GAGAGGAGGAUUAACUGCUGCUGCAGCUGCAUAAGUUCAGGCAUACAGGACAGAAACGGAAACUAAAGUAUUGAUAUCGUUGCACUGGUGUCAUUCAAUAUCAAUACCUGGUAUCGCUGGUAUCCAUAUAAUCGAUAUUUGGAUCGAUCUGCUCGCCUCAAGAGUGUGCUUACUAUUUCCGACAACCUUUGAAGGCAACACAACUCUUCCUUGUUUUUCAAAAGUUUACGAGACAGCAGCGUUUACGCGGAAGCAGCCCAGGAGUUUCUCUGAGAGAUGGCCGCUCAACCCAAACCCGUCCGAUCUGCUCUGAUGGACGCUCUGCAGGAGCUGAGCCAAGAUGACCUGAAGAGGUUCAUCAAGGAACUGUUGGCCCGAAAGGUGGAGGGGCAGCCCCGCGUCCCUCGCAAUAAGGUGGACGGCAAAGACUACAUGGACGUAGCGGACGUGGUGGUUUCUACUUUCACCGAGAAAAACGCCGUGAACGUGGCCGUGGAGAUCCUGAAGAGGAUAAACGGCGAGGUGGCGGACACACUCGUUGAGGAGACCGGUGGACAAACCUCACAGUCUGCUUCCACUGAUGACAUGCACUUUGUGGAUAAACACAGAGGAGCACUGAUCCAGAGAGUGAGCAACAUUGAUUCCAUUUUGGACGAUCUCCUUGAGAGAAAAGUUAUCAACCAGGAAACUUACACCAAAAUCCGAGUGAUCGCUACCCCUCAGGACCAGAUGAGGAAGCUGUAUGAAGGUCCUCUGAAAGCUGCAGAAGCCUGCAAGGAGAUCUUCUACCAAAUCCUUCAGAAGCAUGAAGAAUUUCUCAUCGAGGAUCUCAAAGGAAAGAAGUAAAUAUUGUGGUGGAAUCCAUUUUUAGGUGAAACUUACAAAGCUGAGCUGAAGAGCAAACGUUUUCUUUACAUUAUAAAUGGGGAAAUGUUAAUGUUAUGUCUGAGUGAGGGAUUUGUAAAACAAAUCUUUUUGUCCUUUAUUUUACACUUAAAUUAGUUGAAAUGAAUUUGCACAUCAGUGAGCCUCAAUUCACUGAUUGACUUUGUUCAAAACAUGCCAGAAUUAGAAAGUAUUGAUCAGAAAUGAAUUAUUUUUAUCCAGCAGAUAUCAAAUGGAGCAGGAGUCUGUUUUUAACCUCAUUAUUUUAUCUUCAUUAAAGCAAAAUGACCAGAAUUGUUUAUCUAAAUGUUGACAUGUAAAUCAGGUGAGAAUGUUUCCACUGUUGGUGCUUCAUUCAAAAUGUUUUGUAUUUUAAAUUUGUAAUAAAUUUUUAAUUUUGAA